AUGGACGGCCCCGGAUAUACCUCUGCGUCGUCUGCUUCUGCUCAUACCGCAACUUCACAUCGUCGCAAGCUCAUCAAGAAACCUCCCACUUACGCAUACGCCCGCUCCUCCUCUGGCUUCGAUGGUGGUGCCUUCGACGCCCAGUCCCUUGAGAGCAAACGCAGUUCCCAGAGUCUGAGAAGAGCCCCCAGUGCUCCCCCAGCCCGCUCAAACCCCGCGACCGUGUCCGACUGGCAAGACUCUGAUCGAUCUCAUCCUCAAUUAUCCGCCAACAGCAACACUCUUAGACCUGUCCCAUCGCCCAUCUCACCCCAGGGCGACUUCACCCCCGCUAAUCACUGGGCGCCUGUCCCCCGUCAUCCCGACCGUCUCUCCGAUUCUCACCUCCGCCCUCUCAGUAAGACAGCGGUGCCUGACGACCUAAUCGGCGCUCCUUUUGACGGCGCUGCUAUUCUGAACCGCAUCGAAUCAAUAAAGAUUCCUAGUCCGAAGGCUGCUGCCCCUCGUCAAUUCCCGCCCCAAAUCGUUAAGGCGCCUACCGACUCUAGGCUUGCUAGCCCUGCCCUACGAACUUCGACCAGCUUCUCAGCGAUGGACUCGUCCUUGAACGAGAAGAGCCUAGGCCCAAGGGCUCCAACUGAUGGGCCUUCGGUCAACCCCAAGAGAUAUUCCGACGAUGGCAAGGACCUCAAGCCGGCUGUUCUACGAAAGAAGUCAGGAUUCUCCGGUUUCAUGAACAGUUUGGUCGGAUCACCCAAGAAGCCCGUUAUCUCUGCACCCGAGAACCCCGUCCACGUUACUCAUGUCGGCUAUGAUAGUUCCACAGGCCAGUUCACAGGUUUGCCCAAAGAAUGGCAGCGGCUUAUCAACGAAAGCGGAAUUCCUGAAAAGGAAAGGCGAGAAAACCCGCAAACUAUGGUUGAUAUCUUGCAGUUCUACAAAGAGACCACGGAGAGGCCCCCAGAGGAUCAGGUCCUUGAGAAAUUUCAUCAUGCUGGUCAGUAUGCCACCUCUCCGGCAACUGCAGCAUCACCGGGCAUGUACCCGUCAAACUAUAUGGGUAUGUCACCGAACAAUAUUUCACCUACGAACCCCAGGUUUCCAACUGUCAAUCAUGAAGGAAGUUUUGAGAAUCCCCGAGCACCACCGCCUGUUCCCCGAGGCCAGGUUGGUAAGGACCUGAUGCCCAGUCGCCCAGCCCCGAAACCGCCCGUCAGCAUGAGCAAUCGACAUAUGCCUCAAGGCGCAUACUCGACCAAAGACUCAGGCAUCGGUAUGUCUCAGUCCGGCGACGAAUCCUACGGCAUGUCAAAGGACGCUGGCCCUAUGCUCCCCGAAGAGCACCGAUCGAGAUCCAAUUCGCGUGUCACUGGACCUACAUACGCCCCGACUGCACCGCAACCCAACCCACAGCUCGCCCAAGCGCAAGCCGCCGCUUAUCAACAACAACUUAUGCAACAGCAGCAAGAGCAAGCCAUGGCUCAGGCCCAAGCUGCCAUGUCUGGCGGCCUUGGCCGUGCUCCUAGUAAACGAACUCCUCAUCCCCAGAACCCGAACAUGCAGGCAGCUGCUGGGUAUGGCCGCGCCCCGGAGUCUAACGGUGUACACAACGCACCUCGUCAGCAGGCUCCUGGAGCAGCCGUGCCUGGGGCUAGGCCACGACACCGGGCUCGUCAGAGCGCAGGCCUUGACAUCGUUGCUGCCCUUAAGCGCAUCUGUAGCGAAGGCGACCCUCGAGACAUAUACCGAGGAUUCAACAAGAUCGGCCAGGGUGCAUCUGGAGGUGUUUUCACUGGUCACGAGCGUGGCACGAACAGAUUGGUGGCUAUCAAGCAGAUGAAUCUCGAACAGCAACCUAAGAAGGACCUGAUUAUCAACGAGAUUCUUGUCAUGAAGGAUAGUUCACAUCCCAACAUCGUCAACUUUAUCGACAGUUAUCUGUGUGGUGGCGAGCUAUGGGUCGUCAUGGAGUUUAUGGAGGGAGGCAGCCUUACGGAUGUUGUCACCUUCAAUAUCAUGUCUGAGGGGCAAAUCGCUUCUGUGUGUCGCGAGACCCUUCUUGGUCUGCAACAUCUGCAUUCCAAGGGAGUCAUUCACCGAGAUAUUAAGUCGGACAACAUCUUGCUAUCCCUGGAGGGCAAGAUCAAGCUGACCGAUUUUGGAUUCUGUGCGACCAUCAACGAAGCCCAGAACAAACGAACAACCAUGGUGGGUACACCCUACUGGAUGGCGCCCGAAGUCGUUACUCGGAAAGAGUACGGGCGCAAGGUUGACAUUUGGUCUCUGGGUAUCAUGGCUAUCGAAAUGAUAGAAGGCGAGCCACCAUACCUGACGGAAUCUCCGUUGCGUGCUCUGUGGUUGAUUGCAACCAACGGAACUCCUCACAUUAAGAAUGAACAGGAUCUUUCUCCUGUGUUCAAGGACUUCCUCUACUUUGCACUCAAGGUGGAUCCGGAGAAGCGAGCCAGUGCUCAUGACCUGCUGAGGCAUGAAUUCAUGAAGCAGUGUGUUGACCUAGGUCAGCUAUCGCCAUUGGUGCGAGCCGCUCGAGAACAGAGGGCGCAAGAAAAGGCUCGCAAGGGGCAGUAG